ACCUUUAACUAGCUUGACAUUUUUGGUUAUAGAGGGUUUAGCACAGAGGAAAUAUGUAGUAUUAGAUCAUAGGAUAGAUAAAAAAGAAGACUGUGGGAUGUAUUUCCCAGAAGUGAAAAAACAUCCAGAGAAAUAUUUACAAAGAUGUCCCGAGUCUGUAAAAAAGUGGCUGAAACAACUGAAGAGUGCUGGGAAGAUUCUGCUACUAAUUACAAGUUCUCACAGUGACUAUUGCAGGCUCCUCUGUGAACAUAUUCUUGGGAAUGAUUUUGAACAGUAUUUUGACAUUGUGAUCACAAAUGCUUUGAAACCUGGUUUCUUCUCCCAUACCCCAAACCAAAGACCUUUCCGAACUCUUGAGAAUGAUGAGGAGCAGGAGGCUCUGCUAUCCCUGGACAAGCCCGGCUGGUAUUCCCAAGGUAAUGCUAUCCAGCUUUAUGAACUACUGAAGAAGAUGAUUGGCAAGUUGGAUCCCAAGGUUGUUUAUUUUGGUGACAGCAUGCACUCAGAUAUUUUCCCAGCACAUCACUACAGCAACUGGGAAACCGUCUUUAUCUUAGAGGAGCUUCUAGGGGACAAAAUUGUGGUGCCUGCGGAGACUGAAUCUGAGCCCUUGGAGAAGAAAGGAAAAUAUGAGGAAGAUCAGCCUGAAACUCCUUACUUUGUGUCUAAACAGUGGGGAUCUUUCUUCGUGGACAGAUUGCCAGGCCUGGAAAAUGCAGAGGAAACCUUAAUUCGCACAUGGUCAUGUAGAUGUAUUAGCACUUACAGCACUAUUGCAAUCCCUAGUCUUGAAGCAAUAGCAGAUUUACCACUGGAUUACAGAUUUACACGAUUUUCCACAAAUAGCUCAGCAACUGCUGGGUACUACCCAAGCCCUCCAAGGGAGCUGCUGCAACAUGAGGAUUCAGUGACUAUGAAAUAG